GCAGAGUGAGCACGCUACAGCAGCUGUCCGUCUCUGCGCCCAGCGGUCGGUCAGACAACCCUCACCUGGUCCCUUCUGCCUGCCCAUGGCGAAUACCGAGCAACACUUUGCUUAGAGAGGCCUUGUUCUCCAGCGUGAUUGCACCAACGCUGCUCUGUGGCUUUCUCUACCUGGUGUGGGUUGCUGCUGCAGUUCCAGAGGAAAGCAGAGGGAUGGCCGGGAGUGGAGCCAGGAGCCGGGAGGGCCGCCGGGAGCAUGCCUUUGUCCUGGAGCCUUUUGAUGGAGCCAAUGUGGCCCCGCACCUCUGGCUAUACCGCUUUGAGGUCAUCAGUGACCUCAACCAUUGGGACCACGCCACCAAGCUGAGGUUCCUGAAAGAGUCCCUCAGGGGAGACGCCCUGGAGGUCUACAGUGGACUCGGUCCUGAGGACCAGGGGGAAUAUGGGGCUGUGAAAGAGACCCUCCUGAAGACCUUUGGGGGACCCGGGGCGGCCCACAGCUACCAGCCCAAGGAGAUCCUCUUUGCCAACAGCAUGGGUAAGGGCUACUACCUCAAGGGGAAAAUUGGCCAAGUGCCCGUGAGUUUCCUGGUGGACUCUGGGGCCCAGGUCUCCGUGGUCCACCCGAGCUUGUGGGAGGAGGUCACCGAUGGAGACCUGGAUACCCUGCGACCCUUUGAGAAUGUGGUGAAAGUGGCCAACGGGGCUGAAUUGAAGAUCCUGGGUGUCUGGGAUACAGUGGUGUCCCUGGGCAAGCUGAAGCUGAAGGUAGCUUUCCUAGUGGCCGACGCAAGUGCGGAAGACGCCAUCAUUGGGACUGACAUGCUCCAGGACCACAAUGCCGUCCUGGACUUCGAGCAUCACACGUGCACACUGAAAGGGAAGAAGUUCCGCCUUCUGCCUGUAGGAGGGUCCCUGGAAGACGAGUUCGACCUGGAGCUCAUAGAGGAGGAGCCCUACUCAGAGGAGGGGCGGCAGCAGCUCUCCUAUUGAGAAGCCCCCUUUGCCUCACCCCCCCAGAUAUUGGCGGGAGGACCCACCACGGUGGAGGGGAAGGGCACGUAUCCUCAGGGGGUCACUUGGCUUGGCCAGCCCGCUUAAACCAACCCUCGCCCUCCUGCUCCUCCUCCCUCUGCAGGGGCCUUAAUCUGCCCCUGAUGGGGGAGGCUUCCAUUGGAAAAGGAACAGGUGAGGGAGAGCAGGCUGGCUUUCUUCAGGGGUGGGGCGGGUCCUCGUGGUUGUCAAGCUGCUGUUGGUGGCAAAGACUCGGAGGCUAGAAGAAGGUUCCAAGAAGGCUAGAAAUGAUUAUCUUUGGGAGAGGACUGGGGGACGCCUUCAGGUUCCCUGAGAUGUGGCUCAAUCACCUUUGGGCCCAGGUGGCCUGUCUCGGCUGGGCUGGGUCCUGGCUGCAGGGUCCUUACAAGCAAGACCCAGCCCUCAUGGUGUGGGUCACAGCUGCCCUGGGAUUCUUCACUGUUGGGUCUUCCCACCUGCACAAUGUGUGUUUCCUUCUGCUAUUUGCUUCGAAACCCAUUGAGCCUUGUGCCAAUAAUUCAUUACUUCAAAAACCAAUAAAGGUUGACUCAUGG